AUGGCUCGCACACCCAAAAAAGAUCCCAAGCGGUUCCGCACACAUUCUACGCCUCGGCUAAGAAACAGAGUAUGGGUUCGCUUUGAGUGCGGCAUGCCAGCGGCCGAAAUCGCCGAAAAAGAAGGCAUUCUCGAGUCACUGGUAUAUGGCAUCCGAAAACGCUUCCGCGCCCAAGAUUGGGGAGUCAGUCGACCCGGCCGUGGCCGCCGCGGCAUACUUUCUGACCGCGAUAAAAGGCAUUUAAUGGUUGCAGUCGGUCGAGAUCCGUUCAUUUCUAUACCCAUUUUGCGUAGAGAUGUGGUUCCUCACGUAUCUGUCCCGACCGUACGGCGGUUCCUCCGAAAUGCCGGCAUUAUGCACCGCCGCGCAGCUCGUCGACCAUUUCUCACCAAAGAACAUGCCAGAAAACGAUUGCAAUGGGCCAGGGCGAUGCAGGAUAAAUCAGUUGAAUACUGGAAAAACGUUUUAUUCACAGAUGAAAGCUCUGUGCAGCGUGGCCAAGGUCAACACCAGAAGUGGGUUUUCCGGCCCCUCGGUACGCAUGCAGCUCUUAUUUUCCCCUUAUUUCAAAGUUGA